AGAUCAACACAAACGCCGACUGACUCUCAGAGCAGAGGAGGACUCAGAACCAGCCGCAGCCAGUUCACAGCACAGCAAGAUUUACACACUUUAAUACUGUGAGAUGUGUAUCUAGCUGUAGUUUACAAGUUGUUGAUGCCGCAGGCGCUGAUAUAAGUAAAGAAGUAUUGAUAAAAUACAUCUGGAGAACUCGGGGUUGACCCCUUCACCCCUGCCAGCACCAGUUGGGCAAGGAGCAAUACAGUAAAAGAAAUGGAGAGCCUGCACUCCCACUGCCUUAAAUGCAUCAACAGAAGAUGCAUGGUGAGACCAGAGACGGGUGUCUGCUGCAACCUCAUCUGCUGUCCUCUUGUCUGUGGGGCAGUUUUUCACUCGUGCAAACUAGAUGAACACCGUCUACUGUGUCCAUACGAGCGUCUGCCAUGCCUUAACAGCGGAUUUGGCUGCCCGUUCACUAUCGCGAGGAUCAGGAUGGCAAAACACCUUGAGACGUGCCCGGCAAGUAUAGUUUGUUGUACUAUGGAGUGGAAUCGCUGGCCUGUGAGCUAUGCUGAUCGCAAGUCCUAUGAAAACUUGAGCAAAGACUUUGAUGAGGUGGAGCAGCUAGACAUGGCUUUGGCUCUGCAGGAUCAGAGGAUGUUGCUGGAGUCCCUGAAGGUCACGACCACCGUGUCAAAGAAUGGAGAUAAGGGAACAGAUGAAAGUGACAAAAUGGCCACAGCGUCAAGUCUACCGGAGACAGUGUUAGGUAAUGUAACAGUGGAAAUGGAACAGGAGCCCUAUAGUGGGUUGUAUAGAGCCUCAAUGGAGACAAGCAGAAGUUUAGCAGCGGCCUUGGACAUCCUCACUAAUUCCAAGGAUAUUGAAGUAAUUGUAGGAAAUUUAAAUGGGGAAAAGACUGAUAAGAAUGGAGUACUCCACAAUGGAGAAAAUGGUGAUAGUGGUAAUGUUUAUGUCGCGGAGGGUGUGAAGAAUGUUGACAUGCAUGAGAGCGACUCUGAUUCAGAGUGUGAGCUCGGAGCAGUAGGUGGAGUGGAUUGCGCAGUCGGGACGGAUGGAGAAGAAGACGAUGGGAUUAGCUGGGUAGAAGAAAAUGAUUUUGUAGAGUUGUUUUUUGAAGAGAAGGAAGACACUAUCGAGGAGCCAAUAAAUGAUUCCAACCUCAUCUGGCCAGAGAUGCCUCCGAAUUACAUGCCUGUUGAAGCACUGGAACCUCCUGUGCUUGAACAAGCACCAGUUCCACGUCCAAUGCCAUUCCUGCUCUCUGAUCACGUGAGAAACAACUUCUUACAACACUUACCUACUGAACUCAGGUAUAGGUGUUUGGAGCGUAAACUACAGAAUGUUGAAGUGCUUAGAGGAAUAAGUAUGUUUACAUUUAAUGGACGUCGGGCUCUGCUGUCAGACCCUUACUUGUUUCGAGCAAAGAUGGAGGACAAGUCAGUGGACACGUCUGACUUGGAAGUAGCAGAGGACCCAAUGGGCCUCCACGGUAUCGAUCUCAUCACUGCAGCUUUGCUUUUCUGCCUCGGCGACUCUCCGGGAGGCAGAGGAAUCUCAGACAGCAGGUUUGUCGAUGGCUACCACAUUGACUUUGGUACUCAGACAUUCUCCUUCCCUUCAGCCAUUCUUGCAACCAACACCAUGGUGGGAGAUAUCGGUUCGGCCUCAGCCUGCGAUCACGCCAGCCCACAGCUCUCCAAUCCAAGCCCCUUCCACACUCUUAGGCUGGACCUGGUGCUCGAAUGUGUGGCUCGAUACCAAACAAAGCAGCGCUCCAUGUUCACGUUUGUGUGCGGGCAGUUGUUUCGGCGGGACGAGUUCUCGUCUCAUUUCAAAAACGUCCACGGGGAUAUUCACGCCGGACUCAAUGGCUGGAUGGAGCAACGCUGCCCCUUGGCCUACUACGGCUGCACCUACUCCCAAAGACGAUUCUGUCCGUCCGUACAGGGCUUCAGAAUCAUCCACGACAGGCACCUCGGUUCGUUUGGGGUUAAGCCUGGUUUGCCCUUAAAAAACGGGGUGCACCUUCCAAGAAAAAGCUGCCGCUUUGGCUCUCGGUGCGAUCAGUUCAGCAAUCUUCCAUUCGAAGUGUUGCAACAUGUAGCAAGCUUCCUGGACAGCUUCAGCUUGUGCCAACUGUCCAGAGUGUCCCGCACUAUGAGGGAUGUCUGUGCUAGUCUGCUCCAGAUGCGUGGCAUGGUCGUCCUGCUGUGGGAGAAGAUACGGCGCGCUGAUGGGUCUCCUUCAUGGCAGAUCACAGACAAGGUGUGGCGAUUCAGCACAGCGUUUGGUACAGUGAAUGAGUGGAAGUUUGCCAACAUCGCCAGCAUGGCCGACCACCUCAAGAAGUGCAAGUUCAACACGAUCACUCGUCGGGAAGAGGCGAUCCCUCUGCCGUGCAUGUGUUUCACCAGAGAGCUCACGAAAGAGGGAAGGUGUUUACGCUCAGUUCUCAAACCAGUAGCAUAAGUGAUUUUGAAAGAUGAAAUCAUCUUCUGGACUGUUCUGAGACCACUAAAACUCAAAUACACGUGUAUUUUCCUUCAGUGUUUACAGACAGUAGUCUCUUCCAACCUCAAAAAGAUAAGAACUCCCGGUUGAGCUUUAUAAACUGUUGGUUGCUCUUUGCUUCACUGUGGAAAUAAUCUACACUCCCCUAAAUAAGACAAAGCCAGUAGCGGGCCGAUUUAUACUCCAGCGGAGGCUGAUGUUCUGCAAUCACAGAUCGGGAUUUCAAAUUAAAUUGCUCGCCUUGUAUGGAUUUAUUAAUACCAGUGUACUGAAGUUGUACCCUUAUCUACUCUGACAAAGUGUAAAUAACCAGAUGUUUUGAUGUAGAAUUUUUUUAUUUUUAUAUCAAAAGUCAGUACUGUGCUACAGUGGAGGUAAGAGUACAGCCUUAACUUAUGAUACACUUGAUUUUCUAUUCAUGAGGUUGUUCAGAACAUCUCAGUGAGAUUUCUCUGCUGCUUCCAGCUGGAACAGUUUACUGGUAUCUAGCACGGUUUUAUAUCUUAUCCUGAUACCUAGAGUGACCACGUGUGUACUGCUUAGAGCUCAUCAUGGCUUUAAUUCUACAUUUUCAGACUGACCAAACAUCUGUGGUAGCAGUGCACAAUGUAUGCCACUUAGCAGGAUUGUCUUCACUGUGGGUGUUGAUUUUUGUUCACCAGCAUUAGCAUGUCACCAUCAUCAUGUUUGGUGUUUAAAGCUACAUCCACAACAAUACAUUUUUGUUUUAAAACGCAUACCUUUUGCUACGUUUAUGCCUAGCAUCCACACUACACCAGCAUUUGAGCCCCUAAAAUGUAGACAUUUAAAAACACUACUGACCCCAUUUUAGUUUUGAAACUCCAGAUUUGCAUUUUAGUCUGAACAGACCAAAACAGAGACCUUUGAAAACGAUGACGCAGACACCCACGUUCGCUUCUUGAUUGGGUCUUAUCAGUCAUGACGUAUCCUUCCCUGAUUCGUCAUGUAAGUGUAUGUUCAUGUGAUAUGCGUUUUCAGGCGUGGUAGUAUGGAUGGAGAUUAAUUCUGAAUCGGCCCUAAAACGCUUGUCUGGACGGAGAUUGUUUUUGUUUUAAAGCGGCGUUUUAAAACAAACAUAUUAGUGUGGAUGUAGCCUAAAUGUAGUGUGGUUUGCCACGUUAUAGCAGUAACAAAGGUGGUCCAUGUUUCUUUUCUCUCAUCUCACCUCUGGCUAACGGGCUGGCAUGUUAGUCAGGGGAGAGACGAAGCAACACUAUCCAGCAGCCAAAAGGCAGUACAUUUUCAGCCGUGGUUUGUCUGUUCUACCAGCUACGUUUAACCAGCAGUUUUGUAGGUUGUUUUAUACAAAAAUCAAAAUGUAGCAAGUAAAAUGAUGAAUGUACUCAGUGAAUAUAAGAAUCCAUCAGUGACUGUGGUCAACUUGCCUCCCUCAGUGUCAGACCUCAUAAAACCCUGCAGGCCAGGUGUUAAGAUAUAUAACGGGCACACGCUUCCCUCCAGUAAUCACUAAUUAUCUUCAUAUUCAUUAUUUAUCACGGUUGUAUGUUUUUGUCACUACUUGUGUUCAAAUGUUGUUGGCGUCUCAGGGUUGUAGCAUGAAGCUUUGUCGCCCAGUAGAUUGUGUGUGUGGUCAACAAGACUAGCUGAGAACGACAUAACGACGUGUCAGCUACUUGAUUAUUGUGGGGUAUUAGAGGAACUGACUGGUGUACCGCUCAGUAUUAUAAUAACAUAACAGUGUGUGUUGCAGUGCUGGACUAACAAAUUACAUGUUUGUCAUCCAUCAGCGUUGUGUUUAUAACCGAGUAACUGAAGCUGUCAGCAGAAAUGCUGCUUGAAAGCUCUUUAGAAGUGAUCAGACUUGUUGAACACCUCUUAAAUUAUAUUUUCAAUUUGGAAUUAAGAAACACGGUUCAAUAACACAUUCACAUGACAAAAUCAAAUGAUUUGAAAUUGGUCGAAACCGUCACAGAAAAGUAACUGAUUACUGCUAAGAGAAGAUGUGUAUUCCUUUGAGGAAUUUGUGUGAUUUUGUUGUUUUUAUAUUGAAGUUUGAUGUAAAGCCCAAGCGAUGACGGAACUAAGCUGUCUUUUUACUCUAAUAAGUCCCAAUCCAUGUUUGGUUUAUAUCUUAUUUUUUUGUACUGGUACUUUUAUUUUGAAACAAAAAAAGCCUCUGUAAUGUCUAGAUUUGUAUUUGAAUUAUUGAUUUGCACAUGAAGGCAUGUACUGUAAAAUUUGAUUUACAAUGCUGUGGGGUUAUCUUUGCUGAAGUAGCGGGAAUUUGACUCCCUCAUGUUUUGCAUGUGAGUUUGAUGUAUUUUGGAAAAUGUAUCGGUUCAACUGCAAACUCAUAUAUACUGAUUAUUUCUCAGGCACAAUGCAUCGGUUUUUAGUACAUUUUCGUAUUAACUGUUACGUUUUUUUUUUAACUUCCCUCAUUCUUCAGGUUUAGUGGAUGAAGUUGAAUGGAUGACCUGAACGUUAAAUCAGUCUUUUGCUCUAUUAAAGUUUAUACAACAUUAAGACAAAAUGUAUUUCAUCUGCAGCACUCCUCUGUUUUUGUUUUGUAAUGCUGUCUUUCCAGGCACCUGGAGUGUAUCAACACUUUCAUCAGCAUUUUAAGUUUUGUUUUCACUCCUGCUGAAGUGUGUUUUUCACCACAAUAUGCCAGCUUCAUUUGUUUGACUUUUGGAGCAUUUUAAUAAAGAGACUCUCAGUUUUUAAA